AUAAAGGAGAGCUAUCGACGGGCAAAGACGAGCUUGCUCAUCGCAAAUCGGGAGAGUUGUGACUCGAAGUACGUCAGACCGUUGCUGGACUCCUUUGACAUCAGCGGACCUGAAGACAAACCUCGGUGUCUCGUGCAUCCUCCGCUGUGGGAGAGGGUGUUGGACUUUCUAUUCCGCAACCCGGUACAGAGACUGACUGCCUACACCAAUCUUGGCAGUGACACUUCAUCCAUACAGAAUGCAAGAUCACCCAUACUGGUGCAGCUUUCUCUUCCCGGUUUUAUGCUCAAUCAUUUGCUCAUCAAUAUAUUAAAUGUCAAAGCAGAUAACGUUAUGUUCGGCAUUGCUGAUGAUUCCACUUUCGGUGAUUUCGAAAACAAUGAGCUCCAAAAUGCCUGUCCUAGGAAGGAGUUAAGUGGAAGGACAGUCUAUACCUCCCGUGAGCUCAGAAUGCCUAAAAACCUAGGCGCGCCUAUCCUCUGCGAUUUUGGUUUAGCUGUGAUGUGUGGCGAAGAGCACUCGGAAGACAUUCAGCCGGAUAUCUAUCGAGCACGAGUAGUCAUCUUGUAA